CACCGCUUGUGUGAACGUAAACACACAUACACACACCACAGACGCGUGUGGUUGACCGCACCGGGCUCUCAGCUAUGUGUAAAGACACGCGCGGCACGCCAAAGAAGCAGCACUACUGAAUCUGACGCUCGCUUUGUAGCAGGACCGCCAACCAGAUUGCAUCGAAAAUCAUCCUACUUUCUCUCUCUCUUUUUUUUCCCUACCUCUCUUUUCAGUUGUACUUGUGUGAACAGAGCUGAAGAAAAGAAAAUACCCCCCCCCCAUCUCUCUCUGUCUCUCUCACUCUCUCUCUUUCUGUCUGUCCUAUGGUGGGAUAAACAGUGAAAAGAUGAGCCUGUGAUACAGCACCAGACCUGAGUGACCUGACAGCUCAAACUAAUCCUGUUCAGACAAGAAGAAGUGCUACAAGUUGAAGCCUAGUCUCUGAUAGCAGUGGAAAACAACCAGUCUACUUCCCGGAAAAAUACAAGACUUCUGUGAUCUGGUUCGUUGGACAGAGUGACUUGCCACGCUCCGACUGCCCCCUUCUCCCCACAGAAUCAGACACCUCGGUGGUUGCAGUGAGACCCCACCUGCUCAGCCACAGCUGUACAUGGAGACCCCCAGUUGGGCAGAAACUAAACCAGGAAACGGGCUGUGUAAAUCAGGAAGCAUUGCUCUCUUUGGAAACGUAGUGUAUAGUGGGCUACUGAACGAUCACUUCUGGCAUUUCGGGGUGCCCCUUGUCACAAGACUGGGUAACCAGGAAGCCCCAGCUCCCCCAGAAGCCAUGGCUCAGCCGUAUGCUCCAGCGCAGUAUCCUCCCCCUCCACCUCAGAAUGGGUUGCCUGGUGAAUACACCCACCCUGGGCAGGACUACACGGGGCCCAGUCCGGUCCCUGAGCACGCCGCAGCCCUCACUAUCUACACACCCACACAGACGCACAGCGAGCCACCUGGCACUGACAGCAGCACGCCGUCCCUCACAGGGACUAGCAGCAUACCACAAGCGGACGAUGUGGUGCAGACAGACGGCUCUCAGCAGCUUCAGCUCCAGCUCUCAGACUCUUCAGAGAAGCAGCAGCCCAAACGGUUACACGUCUCCAACAUUCCCUUUCGCUUCCGUGACCCAGACCUCCGGCAAAUGUUUGGGCAAUUUGGGAAAAUUUUGGAUGUGGAAAUUAUUUUUAACGAGCGGGGCUCUAAGGGUUUUGGUUUUGUAACUUUUGAAACAAGUGCAGACGCAGACCGUGCACGGGAGAAAUUAAACGGUACAAUCGUAGAGGGACGCAAAAUUGAGGUAAAUAAUGCAACAGCACGAGUAAUGACAAACAAAAAAGUGGCCAACCCAUAUACAAACGGCUGGAAGCUGAAUCCAGUGGUGGGAGCUGUCUAUGGUCCUGAAUUUUAUGCAGUGACAGGCUUCCCCUAUCCCACCACAGGAGCGACGGUGGCUUACAGGGGCGCCCACUUGAGAGGCAGAGGUCGUGCCGUAUACAACACAUUUCGUGCCGUGCCUCCACCCCCUCCCAUUCCUGCUUACGGAGCUGUGGUUUACCAAGAUGGCUUCUAUGGUGCUGAGAUCUAUGGUGGCUAUGCAGCAUACAGAUAUGCCCAACCAGCCGCAGCAGCUGCAGCGGCCUACAGUGACAGCUAUGGCAGAGUCUAUGCAACAGCAGACCCUUAUCACCACACGAUUGGACCUGCAGCCACGUACAGCGUAGGCACUAUGUAAAUAUAAAGAAAGAAGACAAUGGAGAAGAGCAGCAGCUAAAAAGGAACAAAAAGGAUAAAGGAAGAAAAGUGUCAAUGAAAAAAAAACAUACAAAAAGAAGUUAAGAGAAAAUCCUUACACAGAGGCUGUCAGGAGAAGGCAUUAUAUAUCUCUGUGGGGAUGCGAGACUGACGCAGUCAAGCUGUGGAUGAAAAGAGGAGCUUAGCUUUCACCUGGGACAGCCUUUCGGGGUUGAGGAGAAGAGGAGAGGUCGUCAUAAAACUUUUUAUUUUUCUAAACUUUUUUAAGUUUAUGGUUUCAAAAAGAUGAGUGUAUAUAUCUAUAUAGCGAUAUAUAUGUAUGUAUAAAUAUGUUACAAAAAAAAAGAAGUGAAAAAAAAACUAGCAACAGAGUUAUGAAUUAGUGCUGUAGGAGGGGGGAUGGGGGUGUAUAUGUUGGUCCUUCACACCCCCCUCCCACCGCAGACCUCCUUGUCCGGCCUUUUGCUAGGACGGUCAAGGGGGCCGGGCAGAGAGGCUAAAGACCCACCAGACAUGAUUCCAUGUGGCCCCUCUUCAUCCAAUGCCCUUGAAUAUAUGGCACAGCUGGGUCUUCCAUCAGUAGGUUUAUGUCAUGGUUGAACUGCAUUGCUUACUUGGGGAAAAAGACCUUUAGUCGCUAACAUAGGGAGCUGUUAUUCAUCCUGUUUAGAUGUAAGCAGACAAACUCGCAUGGGACUCCAAAUUUCAGUCUAACAGUACAUCAGGUUGCUAUUCAGGUGUCGCAUGGAACAGGGCUCGAAAAGACACUGUAAAUAAACCACCAGAGCCCAGUCUGUCUGAAGUAGGGAAUGCACUGUCAUCCUGCUGUUGUUUGUAGCACAAUAGGAAAGGUUUUACUGGGAUGUGUGCGUGCGUGUGUUCUUGUGUGCGAAUGGUUACGGGCUGAAGGGGGCUUUAUAAGAGUCAUGUUGGGUCGCGGCGGCCCCAGAGCCCAGGGCUACCAAAAAGCAUUUCAUUGUAGUGUUGUGGAGGUGGCCGUGCUGUGUAGUAAACACUUUUGUAUGUGGUGUCAUGAGGCUACAAAUUAAGAAAAUUGGAGCUGUCUUCUCGGUAUUGUCACGGGAGUUUCACUAUCCAUCUUGAAAAUGUGUUCCUGCCCACUGCAAGGUGGAAAACAAUGUGCCAGUUUAGUCAUACGGUUGUGAGCAAAGUUUUAUUAAAAAUCGAUUACCUUUAUACUUCUAACGAGCUCCAUUCCAGUGACACAUCCUUAUAUAUUUAAACGUUGUACUAAUGACAUGAUGCUCAGCGUGGUCAACGUCGAUUGUAGCCAUUUACUAAUGUUGUAUUAUUGUAUUACCACUAGGAAAAACAUUUAUAUAUGGAUAUAUCUAUUUGUGACUUUGCGACCCUUCAAAAAGGAUUGUAACUUUUUUUUUUUUUUUUUUUUUUUUUUUUUGAUGGUGGUCCAGGUUUAUUUUCGGCGGCGAUUUAUGCAAGUACUGAGUGAUUUUCACUCGUGUGGCGUUGUUCUAUUCGUCUGUAUCUUUGGUUCAGCUACUGAAUGUAAUUCAACUUUUUAUGUACGUCUUUGUUUUUUAAGCAGUACUUUGUAAAUGUGGACAUGGUAAACCGAUUCUUUAUUCUGAAGCCGGACCUGAUGGAGAUAUUGUACGGUCCAGCUGACACCUCUCUUUUAUAACAGGAGCACUCCAGCUGGCCGACGGACAUUAUCAUGACCCUGCAGGACUAUGGCAGAAAAGACAUAAGAUGAUUGGAUGAGACAGGGCAGAAUUAUGCUCUUUGGUUUUUAUCGACAUACAUUUUCCUUUUUUGUUUUUUUCUCUUUAUGCAAAUUGUGAACAGUUGACCCACAUUCAAAAGAGGUGUCACUCUAUAAUCGAUGAUGAACAGCAGUAUGUUAUCCUGAGAAAGAAAUGCACUGUAAAAAAAAAUGUUGCUGAGUUGCCUAAAAAUGUGCUUCAUUUGUUAACAUUUAAAUUGACUGGUUUUAUUCAGGUCAACAUUUUCAUAUUCAACAGGACUGAAUC